GUGCGCUUCCCGCUUCCGAAACCUUGCCAUCCACCAAUGAGAGCCGAGGGGCGUGUCAGCCAGCAUUGACCAUCAUGCUGCUGUGAGGGGUAUUAGUGUGGAAAACAAGAGGCAGUAUUGCGUGUGAGGUAAAGCAUUUCACGACGAGAGCACACACGGAGCAGUCAUCAGAUACUCAGUCUGUUCUACACUCAGGUCAGUUGGCGCACUUUGUAUUCAUGUCGCGGUUCCCCCCAUCCUGUUCCCCGCUCUGCUUACUGUGUAUUCCCCGCGGUUUGUCUCUCGCUAUCUAUUAUUUUGCUUUCCUGGCUCAAGGCCCCUAUAUACCCCUAUGGGAUGGGUGCCGUAACGUUGACUGGCUGCGCCCCUCAGUGCCGAGUAGCAGCCGUGGCCUGUGUGGUCGGCGGUGAGCGAGGCCGGUAUCGAGGGCCCUGGCUGUUAAUCCCCCUCGCGCUGACCGUUGAUUUUAACCCUCCCCCCCUCGCGCUGCUGUGCGCGCGGUGUGUGCUCGUGCUAUGGGUGAUCUCGUGCUCGGUCUGUCGCCCUUGCUUGGCCAGUGGCGGCCAUGUUUGUUGCGGGCUCGCUUUAUUUUUGGGCGGGAAGGGAAGCAGCAGGGUGCUGCGUAGUAAGGAGCGAGAGAGAGAUUAUCAGGAGGCGGGGAGAGCUCUGCCCCACACGGCACUUCCUUGUGUGGCUCCUCCUCCCGCACUCCCCCGCCUUGUGCCCUGUUCCCGGGUUUUAUCAGCUCUCUCUCUCUCUCUGUGUAACUAACUCGGCUGGCGCUUCUUCUUCCAACAGAAAUAACUAAACAUGGGAAAAGGAGAUCCUAAUAAGCCGCGGGGCAAGAUGUCCUCAUAUGCCUACUUCGUGCAGACAUGCAGAGAGGAGCACAAGAAGAAACAUCCGGACUCAUCGGUCAACUUCGCAGAGUUCUCUAAGAAAUGCUCAGAGAGGUGGAAGGUGAGAGCUCAAUGCACCGUGUUAUGGGAUCUGCAUGGGGGUCAUAUGAAGGAUUUAAAACACGACCUUUUCAUUUAGUCUACUUAUGUACCAAGUGUGUAUUGAAUGUUUUAAAUUAAGUGAGUGUGUGAGUUAAAAACACUGCGUUAUAUGGGACGAGGUAAUUAUAUUGAGUGGAUUAGCAGUAAUGCUUUGGUGUUUAUACUAAAUUUUUGUUCCACAUGUCUUGCAUUUCUAGACCAUGUCUGCCAAGGAAAAAUCAAAAUUUGAAGAUUUGGCAAAGGGUGAUAAGGUUCGCUAUGAACGGGAAAUGAAAACUUAUAUACCACCUAAGGGUGAGAAGAAAGGAAAGAAAAAGAAGGACCCAAAUGCACCAAAAAGACCACCGUAAGUUGUUUAUCUGGGGCGUAAAUUUCUUUGUGCCAAUGCAGUGACAUUUUCUUUGCAUAAAGUUUCAUAUUUUAAGCAUAGCAAAGUAACUGAAUUAAUAGACUGCAUAUCUGUAUGCCAAGAUGUAAUUUUAUUUUAUGAACUCUCAAAGGUUUUAAACAUCCUGGAACAAAUUAUAAUAGUGCUCUUUUGUCAUUAUUACAAUUUACAUUUUUGUUUACAGACUUUGUAGAGUGAUGGUAAAGUUUUGCACAGCCACAUAUAUAUUUUGUCUGGUAUAUUUUUUUUUUUUUCUCUUCUGAUAAACUGGAACUCCUACAGAUGGCCUCCAUAGUUGAACAUUGUAAUUUACUGUUAUCUGGUUUUCUUCAAAGGUCUGCAUUCUUCCUUUUCUGUUCGGAACAUCGUCCACAAAUAAAGAGUGACUUCCCUGGUCUGUCUAUUGGUGAUACAGCAAAGAAAUUGGGAGAGAUGUGGUCCGAGCAGACCCCAAAAGACAAACAGCCAUAUGAGCAAAAAGCAGGAAAGCUAAAAGAAAAAUAUGAGAAGGUGAGAACAUAUUUCAUUACCUAAUCUCAUUUAUCUUGUUUAAUAGAAGCUGUCAAUAGUAUGUUGCUUCAGUUAACAAUAAUUUUUUUUUUUUUUUUUUUUAAAGGAUGUUGCUGCAUACCGGGCAAAGGGUAAGGGUGGUGAUGUUGGCAAAAAAGUACCAGGCAGGCCAGCUAGUUCAAAAAAGAAAGUUGAGCCUGAAGAUGAUGACGAGGACGAAGAGGAGGAAGAUGAAGAGGAGGAAGAUGAGGAUGAUGAAGAUGACGAGUGAAUGCUUUUGCCUGCUGUAUAAAUUGUUCUGAAGCCCAUUGUCUUGCUAAGAAUGUGAACUCAAGUGCAGCUCAUUUUGUUAGCUUGGUUAUAUAAAAAAACGAAAAACUGUACAGACUUGUGUAUAGGUAAUGUGAUUCAUUAGGGAAAACCUAUAUUUUUAAUAUAAGGAGUAGUUCAAAGGGCUGUUUUUUGUUGACGUAAAGCUUUUGAAGUGGGAAUUCUCUGCAUAUUUAAUGGAUUUUAAGGGUUGCCUGAUGUUAGUGACACAAUCCAAUAUACUUUAGUCCUGUAGACCUGGUGCAUUGUACUUUUUCUAACUUUUUUAGCAUUUUUUUUUGUAAUAAAAUUUAUAUAUCCAAUCAGUGUUUAUUUUUAUUUUUUUUUAAAAUACAGCACUGCAACAGAGAAACUGCAAAAUAAAGUAACACUAUAGGGUCAAGAACACAAACAUUAUUCCUGACCCUAUAAUGUUAAACACCAUUCACCCUAAAUAUAGUAAAAUCUAACCUUUAUUCCAGUCUGCUGGUGCUGGCUCUGCAUCUUUGGCUGACAUAAUCACAAUUGAUGAUCUCAUCCCAUCACAAUGCUUUCCUCCAUGAAAACAUUGGAUUGGCUGAGACUCUCAAUUCUGAUCUCAGCCAAGGAGGUGGACUUUGGGAGGAGUCAAACAGCACUGGCCAAUCUGAAUCUCCUCAUUGAGUCAAUGCUCCUCCUAUAAGGAAAGUUCAGCGUCUCCAUGCAGAAUAUCAGUGCUGCACCUCUAGUUGCCAUCUGAAGCGUGGCCAGUGAUUAACUGUGACACCAUAAAUUGUUUCUGGACUAAAUUUCCCAUGAUUUUACUCUAAAAGCUAGCUGAGAAUCAUGGGGAAUGUAGUCCAGAAACCAUUUAUGGUGUCAAGGUUAGCUAUCACUGCCCUAGGCUGUGAUGUAAACAUUGCCUUUUCUCUGAAAAUUCCAUGUUUAUGGCAAAAUAUCCUGCAGGGACUUGACUACACUCACCAGAAAUACGUUAAUCUAUAGUUGUGGUGAUUAGUGUCCUGUUAAGGUUUACUCCCUAACUUUUUUUUUUUUUACAUCUUCAAAGAACAGUAGUUACAAGGUUUUGUUGAACACAGUUAUAAAUUGCAUAUGUACUUGCAUGCACAGAUGGAGAACCAGAUAAAAUAAAAAAAAUUAAAAAUCACAAAUGGUCCAUGA